AUGGCACGUGGGGGAGAGCUGGUGGGGAGGGGCGCGGGUCCCGGGUCCUCCAGCAGCCGCUUCGUGACGGACUUCCUGCAGGACGGCACGCAGGUGGCGGCGGACGGCGCCGGCGGUCCCUACUUCGACUCCUCGGUGCCCGACAACCUGACCGGCCUCGUGGGGAGGACGGCCUACCUCAACUGCCGCGUCAAGAACCUCGGCAACCGCACCGUGUCGUGGGUGCGGCACCGCGACAUCCACCUGCUGACGGUGGGCCGGUACACCUACACGAGCGACCAGCGCUUCGAGGCGCUGCACUCGCCGCACACCGAGGACUGGACGCUGCGCAUCCGCUACGCGCAGCGCCGCGACUCGGGCGUCUACGAGUGCCAGAUCAGCACCACGCCGCCCGUCGGCAGACUCGUCCAGCUGCGCGUCGUCGAGCCGCUGACGGAGGUGCUGGGCGGCCCCGACCUGUACAUCGACAAGGGCAGCACCAUCAACCUCACGUGCCUCGUGCUGUACGCGCCGGAGCCGCCGCUGGCCAUCGUCUGGAGCCGCGACUCGCAGGCGAUCAACUUCGACUCUCCGCGGGGCGGCAUCAGCCUGGUGACGGAGAAGGGCGCGCUCACCACCAGCCGGCUGCUCAUCCAGAGGGCCGCGCCGGCCGACUCCGGCCGCUACACGUGCGCGCCCUCCAACACCGCAGCCGCCUCCGUCCGCGUCCACAUACUCGACGGCGAGACGCCAGCCGCCAUGCACCACGGCAGCUGCGCCACGGGUCUGCAGCCGCCAUCAAUCCGACGGCUGCCCCAGCUGCUGCUGUCUACAUACACAAGAUAA